GCUCCUGCUGAUCUGUUCUCACUCACAGGCACAGUCCUUUGUGAUAUAAUAGUUAGUUGCUGUGGAGAUGAUUAUCCUGUCAUGGAGAAAGAGACUUAUGAAUUUAAAUGAAGAAUGAACAGCAGGAGCAAAAGAACUAAGCCAAAAGCCAAGCACUUCAUCCAAUUUAAUUUUCUCUUGCCUUUUUAAUAUAUGUUAUGUCAUAAAGUUGGAUGUAUCCACUUCAAUAAUACAGUUUCAGGGUUAAUGACGAAUAAUGACAAAAGGCAAAUUUGAAAGGAAAAGCAAAGUAUAAUACUGACAUUCUAUACAGAGGCAAGAAUGAGUUAAAGUUAUAGAAAAUUCAACAAUAAUAAACAUAUACUAUUGGGCCAUGCCUUAUGCUUUAAAUAAACAAUUAAGCAUUUUGACACUUCUACUGCAGUCUUGAGGAAUUGUUCAGAUUCUAGUGUGGAUCUGUCAGCUCACCUCUCACCUUCCUCUUGUGGCUGGUGGCUUCUAAAUCAAGAUCAUUAUUGCAAGAGAAAAGAAGGAUGGAGGAGGAAUUCUCAACAACAUUAGUGACAUGAUACCCCACCCCACUUUGAUGAAUCAAUUCCACUGUUCCUACAUGCCUUUGUGGUUCCACUACCAAUACUUCUUCCCAGCUGGACAUGAUGGCUCAUGCCUGUAAUCCCAGCACUUUGGGAGGCCGAGCCAGGCGAUUCACUUAAGAUGGCGUCUUGCUCUUGUCACCCAAGCUGGAGUGAAUGGCACGAUCUCAGCUAACUGCAACCUUCGCCUCCCGGCUUCAAGAGAUUCUCCUACCUCAGCCUCCCAAGUAGCUGGGAUUACAGGCGCCUGUCACCACGCCCAGCUAAUUUUUGUAUUUUCAGUAGAGAGGGUUUCACCAUGUUGGCAAGGCUGGUAUUGAACUCCUGACCUCGUGAUCUGCCCGCCUCAGCCUCCCAGAGUGCUGGGAUUACACAGUCGCAAGCCACCGCGCCCGGCCAAGAUUUUGCAUUUCUAACAGACUCCCAGAGCCAGGGUCACCGUCCGAUCAACCUCCAGGAGUGAGCAGCGGGCGCGGACCAGAUCGGCCAGUCCUCCCGGCGCGGCUGGGCAGUUACCGCGCUCGGCACAGGCGGUUCGCGGCCAUGGGCAGCUCGGCCUCUAGCCAGCUGGACGAGGGCAAGUGCGCCUACAUCCGAGGGAAAACUGAGGCUGCCAUCAAAAACUUCAGUCCCUACUACAGUCGGCAGUACUCUGUGGCUUUCUGCAAUCAUGUGCGCAGUGAAGUAGAACAGCAAAGAGACUUAACAUCACAGAUUUUGAAGACCAAGCCACCAUUGACGCCUGGAACUAUUUUGUACGAAGCAGAGCUGUCACAAUUUUCUGAAGACAUAAAGAAGUGGAAGGAGAGAUAUAUUGUAGUUAAAAAUGAUUAUGCUGUGGAGAGCUAUGAGAAUAAAGAGGCCUAUCAGAGAGGAGCUGCUCCUAAAAGCCGAAUCCUUCCAGCCGGUGGCAAGGUGCUAACCUCAGAAGAUGAAUAUAAUCUGUUAUCUGAUAGGCAUUUCCCAGACCCUCUUGCCUCCAGUGAGAAGGAGAACACUCAGCCCUUCGUGGUCCUGCCCAAGGAAUUCCCAGUGUACCUGUGGCAGCCCUUUCUCAGACAUGGCUACUUCUGCUUCCAUGAGGCUGCCGACCAGAAGAGGUUUAGUGCCCUCCUAAAUGACUGCGUCAGGCAUCUGAAUCACGAUUACAUGAAGCAGAUGACAUUUGAAGCCCAAGCCUUUUUAGAAGCUGUGCAAUUUUUCCGACAGGAGAAGGGUCACUAUGGCUCCUGGGAAAUGAUCACUGGGGAUGAAAUCCAGAUCCUGAGUAACCUGGUGAUGGAGGAGCUCCUGCCCACUCUUCAGACAGACCUGCUGCCUAAGAUGAAGGGGAAGAAGAACGACAGAAAGAGGACCUGGCUUGGUCUCCUCGAGGAGGCCUACACCCUGGUUCAGCAUCAAGUUUCAGAAGGAUUAAGUGCCUUGAAGGAGGAAUGCAGAGCUCUGACAAAAGGCCUGGAAGGAACAAUCCGUUCUGACAUGGAUCAGAUUGUAAACUCAAAGAACUAUUUAAUUGGAAAGAUCAAAGCAAUGGUGGCUGAGCCAGCAGAGAAAAGCUGUGCAGAGAGUGUGCAGCCAUUCCUGGCAUCCAUCCUGGAGGAGCUCAUGGGACCAGUGAGCUCGGGAUUCAGUGAAGUACGUGUACUCUUUGAAAAAGAAGUGGAUGAACUCAGCCAGAACUUCCAGACCACCAAAGACAGUGUCCAGCUAAAGGAGCAUCUAGACCAGCUUAUGAAUCUUCCACUGCAUUCCAUGAAGAUGGAACCUUGUUAUACUAAAGUCAACCUGCUUCAUGAGCACCUGCAGGAUCUCAAGAGCCGCUUCAGAUUCCCCCACGUUGAUCUGGUGGUUCAGAGGACACAGAACUACAUGCAGGAGCUAAUGGAGAAUGCAGUCUUCACUUUCGAGCAGCUGCUUUCCCCGCAUCUCCAAGGAGAGGCCUCCAAAACUGCAGUUGCCAUUGAGAAGGUUAAGCUCCGAGUCUUAAAGCAAUAUGAUUACGACAGCAGCACCAUCCGGAAGAAGAUAUUUCAAGAGGCACUAGUUCAAAUCACACUUCCCACUGUGCAGAAGGCCCUGGCGUCCACAUGCAAACCAGAGCUUCAGAAAUAUGAGCAGUUCAUCUUUGCAGAUCAUACCAAUAUGAUCCACGUUGAAAAUGUCUAUGAGGAGAUUUUACAUCAGAUCCUGCUUGAUGAAACUCUGAAAGUGAUAAAGGAAGCUGCUAUCCUGAAGAAGCACAACUUAUUCGAAGACAACAUGGCCUUGCCUAGUGAAAGUGUGUCCAGCUUAACAGAUCUAAAGCCCCUCGCAGGGUCAAACCAGGCCAGCCCUGCCAGGAGAGCUUCUGCCGUUCUGCCAGGAGUUCUGAGUAGUGAGACCCUCAGUAAUGAAAUAUUCCAAGAGUCAGAGGAAGAGAAGCAGCCUGAGGUCCCUAGCUCAUUGGCCAAAGGAGAAAGCCUUUCUCACCCUGGGCCCAGCCCACCCCUGGGUGGGACCGAGCAGGUGAUUAUUUCAAGGGCGGAUGAGCCCGUGGUGAAUCCUGUGGCAGCAGAGGAAAUGGCAGGACUCCCAGGCACAUGCUCAUCAGAGCUGGAGCAUGGAGGGACCCUUGAGGAUGAAGAACCCAUCCAGGAAGAGCCAGAACCCAUCACUGCCUCAGGUUCCUUGAAGGAGCUCAGAAAGUUGCUGACGGUGUCCGUGGAAGUACCAGUGGAUUCUGCUCCAGCGAUAGAAAAAGAUACAAAUGGGGAGAGCCUUGUUCCCCAAGAAAAUGAAGAAGAAGAGGAAAAAGAGGCCAGUCAGGCAGCUGCCACCCAUCUGGACAACUGUGAAGAAAGUGAAGUCAGUGGCAGGGAGGCCCAAGCUCCUCUUCCCAAGGCCCGUGGGGAGGAGUUGGGGGGAUUUCCAGAGGUAGGCAGCCCUUGCUCUCAGCCAGACAGUGGAGGGUUCACCGAGGAGUCCCCGGAGCCUGUGGAGGGGGCGCUCCCAGGAGAGGCCUGCACACUCGCUGCCCAUGAUGGAAGAGGGGGCAAGGGCACUGAAGGGGAGGAUUUGCAGCAAGAGGGCUGCACUUUAGCUUCUGACCCCGUCUGCCUCAGUGAGAGCCAGGUUUCUGAGGAACAAGAAGGGAUGGGAGGGCAAAGCAGCACGGCCCAGGCCACGGCCAGUGUGAAUGCAGAGGAAAUGAAGGUAGCCCGAGUUCAUGAGUGCCAGUGGGUGGUGGAGGAUGCUCCCAACACAGAUGUCCUGCUGUCACACAAAGAUGAUGUGACGGAGAGACAAGGUGGCCAGGAGAGUUCCCCAGAGCUGCCCUCAGAGGAGUGAAAGGGACCAUUUGGCUAAAGUCUUUCUCUGAACAAAGCCAAAGGGUUACAGGGGUAUUCUUAGGGGGUUGCAUGUGAGCUAUUACCAAAAAAUGUUUAAGUAUUUUCUUCAUUUGAAUAAUAAAACCAGAGGAAAUGCACACAGGGCAUGAGCAACUGAGGCAAACCUCUGUGGAACUGAAUUGUUCUACCAUGAAUUUUUGCAUUAGUAUUUUAAUAAGAAUUACAGGGGCAAUGGUGUACUGGGGCAAGAGGGAGCUCAGGAUGUCUGAGGAGGGAAUAGUAUUGCAGGGAAGACCGAGAAAACAGUAGGUUCACAGUUUUGAAUAUACUCUGCACUUUUCAGUGGAGCAAUCUUCUCAUGCACUUUAAAGCUUUUUAAUUUUGUUUGAAAAUGCAAAUGUAUACUUUAAAUCUAGCUUUACUGUCUACUAUGCCUGAUUCACCAUCUCUUAAGGACUCAACAUUUGUCCACAGUCAGGCUGCAAGAAAGGGUAGGUCAUGAACAGCCACCCCUGCUGGGUGGAGCCCCACCGAGCCAAUCAUGCCCAAUAGAAUCAAGAGAAGCUGAGCAGAAAUGGAGGGAGGAAGGUAUGAUGGUCUGCGGGACUGUCUGGGCCUGUUCCUUAUCCUGCUAUCGAUUUCUUAUUAAUUAAUCUUGAUGAUUCUUAUUAAUUAAUCACAUUUUCAGGAAAUUCAGGUGAGGCAACAAAAUUUUAUUAGCCUGGGUAAGCCUGAAAGCAUUCCAAAUUAGGCUUAGACUGUGCAAAGGGCUUAGCUGAAUUAUCGAGCUUAAAGUCUAUCAAUUAAACAAACAUUAUUUGAAUGGUUACUGCAUGCCACACAUGGUGUUGGGCUUAGUAAUAAAAAAAGAAAAGAUAAGGUUCUUGUUCUAAUAUAAAUUAAACGGUCCAAGGGAAUUUAAUCUAGAACAAAACAUAUGCCAAUUUUCAAACUAUGACAGCUUUUUUUUCCUCUCUUUCCAUUCUAACAGUCCUGGUUCAUUCCCAGAAGUGCACAGAAUCAAUGAAUGAAUAAAUAAAUGAAUAAAGACAAGAGUCAAGGUAUAUGCCCUCAAGUUCCAAAGAUGUUACCAAAAGCCAAAAUCAUUUAUUUAGUCAUUCAGCACGCUGAGUCUCUGUUAUAUCAAGCACUGGGGGAAAUAUCAAGCACAUGGUGAAAAGGAACUUUGUUCCUUCCUCCUAGAACUUACAUUUUAAUGGAAAUAGACAAGACACAUCUUCUGUAACCGUUAAUGUUGAAAAUGGAAGAGACUUACUUCCAAAAGUUUAAAAGGAGUUGUUCUUUUCUCCUUCAGAAAAAUACCAGCUCGUUUUCUAAAAACUCCAGUCCCUGGUAUUACAUGUUGGUUUUCCUCCCCCAGCUUUUUUUUUUUUUUUUUUUUUUGAGAUGGAGUCUCACUCUGUUGCCAAAGCUGGAGUGCAGUGGUGUGAUCUCAGCUCACCACAACCUCUGUCUCCUGGGUUCAAGAGAUUCUCCUGUCUCAGCCUCCCAAGUAGCUGGAAUUAUAGGCGUGUGGCACCACUCCCAGCUAAUUUUUAUAUUUUUGGUAGAGAUGAGUUUUCACCAUGUUGGCCAGGCUGGUCUCAAACUCCUGACUUCAAGUGAUCCACCCACAUCGGCCUCCCAAAAUGCUGGGAUUACAGGCGUGAGCUAUCUGGCCCCUCCCAUAUUUUAAUAUCAGAUUUCAACUUUUUUUUUUUUUAAAGACAGGGUUUCACUAUGUUGGCCAGGCUGGCCUUGAACUCCUGUCCUCAGGUGAUCCGCCUGCCUUGGCCUCCCAAAGUUCUGAGAUUACAGGCGUGAGCCACCAUGCCCAGCCUCAACAUAUUUGUUGAGAGCUUGCUUAGAUCAUCAAGUAAACUCAUAUCUGUUCCUUUUUUUCUUUUUGAGAAGGGAUCUUGUACUGUCCCUCAGGCUGGAGUGCAGUGGCGCAAUCCCGGCUCACUGCAACCUCUGCCUCCCAGACUCAAGUGAUUCUCCUGCCUCAGCCUCCCGAGUAGCUUGGAUUACUGGUGCCCACCACCAUGCCCAGCUGAUUUUUUGUAUUUUUAGUAGAGAUGGGGUUUCACCAUGUUGGCCAGGCUGGUCUCAAACUCCUGACCUCGUGAUUCGCCCACCUUGGGCUCCCAAACUGCUGGGAUUACAAGCGUGAGCCACUGCACCUGGCCCUCAUCUCAGUUCUUUAGAGCAGUUCAACCAUUUAAUCAGAAAUUAAAAUAUCACCCUCUUCAGCCCUCCCAUGAAGAAUUUCUAGGUCAUAAAGGAUGAAUAAUAAUAUUUCAUUGUCGCAGCUUUUCUUGGAGUGUUUAGAUCCUCAUGUCUUUGAGGGAUCCCACCAUAGGGAAGAAGGUAAAGGCCACUUUGCCCUCAGUCCCUGCUUUCCCCAGUGCUCACUUAUAUCCUGGCAUUUAGCAUGGUAUGUUGAAAUGAGGUUUACUUCCUGUCUCUCCAAGAGGCUCCUCUCUUCAAAAACAGAAACUGGGGUUUAGUCAUCGUCUCUGCUUCCUGUUAGAAACCCACAGCCUUGAAUAAUGGCUUCCUGCCUCUUUGAGUCACUGUAGUAUCCCUGGUGCCCAGUAUAGGACCUGGCAUGCGUCAGGCUGUGCGGGAAGUGUGGGAACUGGACACCCAGCACACUGCUGUGCUGGGGCUAUUUGGGGCCUGCUGGCAGGCAGAGAGAUGUUUUGAAUUGGGCUCUCUGCCCUUAUUGAGUCUUCUCUUAAGUAAAGUCCAAAGUCCAAGGGGCAGAUAGCCAGAUGCACUGCCUAGGAAGGCAGGAAGCCAAAGGAGCAGUGCCUAGCCCCACAAAGACUGCCCGACUCCCUGGGACAGUAGCAUGGAGCCCCAGCCCAGGCUCACCUCACACCAGAGCUUCCUAGCUUCCUUGCUUUGCUCAACACAGGGCUUCUUGCACUCCCUGGAAAGCUAAGAGAUUUUCUCAAGCCUAAAAGACAAUACAUUUCACUGCAUUGGAUGGUGCAUUGCAUCAGUGCCCUGACUUUAUCCAUUAUGUAGGUCAGGGAGAAUUGGGCACUGUUUGUCAGGAUGUACUUCAGAAUAUGGUCAAAGAAUUUUCUAUACCUAUUUCACUAAAGACAAGUUCCUGGGCUUGAUGCAGUAGCUUAUAGCUAUAAUCCCAGCACUUUGGGAGGCUGAGGUGGGAGGAUCACUUGCGCCUAGGAGUUUGAGAAAAGCCUAGGCAACAUAGCAACACCCCAUCCUUACAGAAAAUAAUAAUGGUACGUGCCUACAGGCCUAGCUACUGGGGAGGUUAAGGCAGGAGGAUUGCUUGAGCCAGGGAAGUUAAGGCUGCUAUGAUUGUACCACUGCACUCCAGCCUAGGCAAUAAAAUGAGACCCUGUCUCCAAAAAAAAGACAAGUUUUCUAGAAGAAGCAGGAUGAUUGUUUCACUUGGAGAUGGAACAGGAAACUAGAGUACAUUUAAAAUGCUCUGUAUUCAUUUUAACAUGUUGAAUGGAAUAACUUCAUAUCAUAUGAGUUUAUUUUGCUUUUCAUACAGACUUGUAUGUGCUGUUUCAGUGGUUUCCAAAUUGGAGCAAGGUUACUCUGAUCUAAACGAGCAGCAUGAAAGCCUCUGUGUGCCGCUCUGGGGAUCUCUCCUACGGGCAAAGCCAUUAGAAAUGCAUAAAACCUUGAGACAUGGUUUUUGGCAAAAACUCCAUGACUUUAAACUAGUUCUUUUACUAUUGACCUUUCAUAAGGAAAAUAUAUUUUCCUUGAAAAAAAUUGGGCUUGUCAUUUUUUUCCCUUGUAGCUUUGAGCAGAGAGAGUAGUGCCUUGCAUUACACACAGUAAGCUCUUUAAAAAAUAAGAUUUUGGAGACUACAAGGGUAGAUUCCAAAUUGUCCAAAAGCUUUCUGGCCUUACAUAUUUUAUUAUAAAAAUUCUCAAGUCUGGUUUUGUAGUCCUCUAUAUCAGAGCUAGUGAUUUCAAAAGGUUUUACAAUUCUCCAAGACAAAAGUGAUUUUUGUUCAUCGUAAUAAGGUUAAGUGAUAUAUGAUCCAUGGCAAUUUUGAAGUGGGGAAGGGAAGGACAUCACUGACUUAAUAAUAAUAGUUCCACUCAGUAUGACAUGUGUCCUCGCACUUUAUCAUAAAGAGAUGGGUUUGAGGCUUUGUCUUCUGAAGUCACAACAUCAAGAAAAAAAUCUACACUGUGGAUUGACUUUUCUGGUCACUAUAUAAAGCAAGUAAACUUAAAACACUUUGUUACCAUGUAUUUACUCUGCCAAGUGCCUAUAUUCGAAUAAAAUGUUCAUCCUUGAA